GAUGAGUCUUGUGUUAUCUUCCUCCUUGGAAUCUUCUUGAUAUAUUUACCGUUUGAGCUGCCGACUACUUGCCACUCCUUUGGUCUUGUUGUUUCAUUGUUUCCACGACGAGUUAUUCUUCUACCAACAAGCACCUUUAACAUUCAUAUCUUUCCUCGAAGCUUCGAACAAUAGGAGGCGAUUAUAUACAAUAUGGCCACCCCGGCGCUGCUUACCGCUGUCGACUCGAUCAAUCAUGUUCACUUGAUUGUUGGAUCCAACCCUCUGGCUGGUGCACGCUGCAACCGAGCACUCGAAGUCGGAGCAGUACCCAAGAUUGUGGCACCUGAAGAUGCACAAAUACACUACGCAUUGGCGAAGAAGAUUGAAGAGGGCAAGGUGGAAUGGAUCAAGAGAGAUUUCCAAGACUCGGACUUGACAAGUCUUGGAAGAGACGAGGUGGACAAUGUCGUGGAUGCCGUCUUUGUGACGACGGCAGGCAAAGGCGCAUUGAGCACACACAUCUCUACUCUCUGCCGAAGAUUGAGAGUUCCCGUCAAUGUCGCAGACGCACCGAAUCUUUGCACAUUCACCCUCCUCUCCACACACUCUUCGGGCCCUCUGCAAAUUGGUGUCACGACGUCUGGCAAGGGCUGUAAAUUGGCCUCUCGUAUUCGACGUGAGAUCGCCUCUGCUCUGCCAUCCGACCUCGGUACCGCUGUGGAAAGACUCGGCACCAUUCGCCGUCGCAUCUGGGAAGAGGACCACGCCACCGAAAUGUCCAUGGACUUGGAAGCUGAAGAGGAGGACGCAGGACAGAACGCACAAUUCAACAAGCUUAUCACACCUACCGACCUCGAGGCUGCCAGGACCAGGCGCAUGCGUUGGCUCUCGCAGAUCUGCGAAUACUGGCCUUUGCGCCGCUUGGCUGCCAUCACGGAUGCCGACGUCGACGCAGUACUGGCUUCGUACAGUCAAGAGGCUGCUAUCGAGGCCAACACACCUCUGCUUAGUCCUGGGGCCCUCGACUCGAGAAGCCGUAGAGGUCGCAUCAUCCUGGCCGGAUCUGGUCCUGGUCACCCAGACCUUUUGACUGGACUCACGAUCAAGGCAAUUCGUGGCGCCGAUGUCAUCCUUGCAGACAAGCUCGUUCCGGCUCCUGUUCUCGAUUUGAUCCCCAGACGUACGCCCGUCCACAUCGCAAGAAAGUUCCCCGGAAACGCCGAAGCUGCUCAGGAGGAGCUUCUUUCUCUCGGUCUCGCGGCAGCAAAGAAGGGUCAGACCGUUCUUCGCUUGAAGCAGGGAGAUCCUUACCUGUACGGCCGUGGUGCUGAGGAGUAUGACUUCUUCCGCCGUGAAGGCUUUGAAGUCAGUGUACUGCCCGGUAUUACUUCUGCUCUCAGCGCUCCCCUAUUCGCCAAGAUCCCAGUCACCCACCGCGCUGUGAGUGAUCAGGUGUUGAUCUGCACCGGUACUGGUCGAAAGGGAGCCGCGCCCGACCCUCCCGCCUACCUGUCAAACCAGACAUGUGUCUUCCUCAUGUCUCUACACAGACUUGGCGCCCUCAUCGACAGCCUUGUCGCUGAGGGUAAGAACUACCCAAAGACCACACCCUGCGCAGUCAUUGAGCGAGCAAGUUGCACCGACCAAAGAGUCAUCCGCAGCACGCUUGAAUACGUCUGUGCCGCAGUCGAGGAAGAGGGCUCCAGACCUCCUGGUUUACUUGUUGUUGGCCGCGCAUGCGAGGUUCUGGAGAAGAACAACCAGAAGUGGGUUGUGGAAGAAGGCUUCAACGGCUUUGACAACCUCGACGAAGGCAGUAUUGACGGACUCAGUGCUGAGCUUCGUGGAGAGAUUGCAGCUUGAGACAUUUGAACGAAGACAUAUCAUGGCGUUGGAGAACUGGCUGCAUUUUUAACAAGAUACCCACUUUAUGAACAUAUUUCAACUAUAUACACUUUAUCAUAGACAUACAAUUACACAUAUCUACAUACAAGGUAC